GAGCAAGCGGGUGUUCCCAUUCGGAUGUCUCCGCCGGUGCAGUACCUCGACAUCAGUUCUACGGAAGAUUUGCAGCUAGGACGACGUCCACGGUAACUGACUGAGUCCCGACUCAGACGCUGCCGACAGUGUAAGCAAACGCGGCGCGUGUUCAACUUUUGCGGUGAACUCGGUUACGAGGUGAAUCAUAAUAUUGUUUUUCGGAGAUUGCAUCCCUGUCUAACGGGAGGGAUACAGACAAAGGGACGAUCGAUCGAUCGACCGAUCGAUUGGUUGGUUCAUCGACUUCGCAGAGCAGCGUGAGAGGGUGCGCGAUCCUCGUAUAAAGCAAACGGGAUGGAAGAUCAACGCCCUAGUAGUGAACUUCAGGAUGCCGUGGCAAGUAAAUAUCGGAAUAUACCGGAAGUGGUGUUGGCGUGGUGGAUACGCAGCAUACGAUAACAACGAAACUCCUAAUUCCGAGAGUCAAACCAUCGAAAUUCAUCACAUUCAACUGCGGCAUUAUGCCAGUAAUGAGAACAGCGGCUGCAGCAAUGGCAAACCCCACUCAUACAGCUACAAUGAAGCGUUGGAGUUGAUCGGCGAUGGGAAGUUCCAAACCUUUCUGCUGUUCGUCUGCGGGUUCUGUUUGAUGAGUGUCAUCAACGAAACCCUAAAUAUGGGCUUCAUCAUCUCGGCAGCUGAAUGUGACCUGCAGUUGACCUUCUCCGAUAAAGGGAUGCUCAACGGAGCGGCGUUCUGCGGAGUGGUGAUCAGUUCCCACUUCUGGGGAUUUCUCUCCGAUACCUGGGGUCGAAGGAAGGUUAUUCUGCUGGCAACCAGUGUUAGUUUAGCGCUCUCGAUUCUAUCCAGCUUUUCGGUGCACGUGUGGAUGUUGAUCAUCACGCGGUUUCUGGUGGGAGUAUUCAUUUCUGGCAACGCGGCCACCACCUACGCCUACUUGGCUGAGUUUCACACCGACAAAACUCGGGCCAAGGUCAUUUCCUGGGCAGCCAUGUUUAUGGCCUUCGGAAUGAUCUAUCUACCCUUCAUAGCCUACUUCAUCAUUCCACUAGAUGCUCAUUUCGAGUUCUACAGCGACUCUCUUGGGAUGCGUUAUGGAUUGUGGAGGUUCUAUCUGUUGUUGACUUCACUGACGAGUGUCCUCAUCAUCUGCGGGAUACUCUGUCUACCGGAAAGCGGCAAAUUUCUGCUGACUUCCGGCGAACAGGAAAAGGUGCUAGAGGUACUAAGUCAAAUGUACCGGUGGAACAAAGGUGUCCCAGAUUAUAUGUUUCCAAUCAAAUCGAUCUCGCUGGACGCGAUCGACAGUGCCUUCGUGGAACAGCGGAAGCGUGAGAUCAACCAAGGGCUACGCUACGUGUGGGAGCAGACGGUGCCACUUUUCCGACCGCCCCUAGUUGGCAACACUGUUCGGGCGUCCUUCCUCAUGUUCGGCCUAUUCAUGGCCUCUUCGGGUUUGUUCAUGUGGAUGCCAGAUAUUCUCAACACGUACGUCAACUUCAAGGAUGCCAAACUUACAAUCUGCGAUGUGGUCGAGAUCAUUCACAACAACAAGACUCACAUAAGUUCUCCACCAACUGUUGCCAGUUGUGUUGUUAGCAUUGACGCGUCCAUCUUUAUGAUCACAACAAUAAUGGGAAUCUUGUUCCUUGCUUGCUAUAUUUUGAACGGAGCCGUCAUUAACCUGGUCGGGAAGAAAUUGCUACUGAAUAUUUGGUACGUGGUGUGCGGCGUGUGCGGAGUCGCCGCUCUGUGGACUUCCGAUUUCUACCUGACGCUGUUGGUGAUCGUGAUUUUCCUCGCCGUUGGCUGCUGCGGAUCGGUGCUCAGCGCCAUAUCGGUUGAUCUAUUUCCAACUAAUUAUCGGGCAAUGGCGCUCUGUCUGAUACUGAUGACCGGCCGGCUUGGAGCGAUGGUUGGCAGCAACGUGGUCGGCGUCCUGCUCACCUACAAUUGCGAACUGAUCUUCAUUGUGAUGGGGGGACUGCUGAUAGUUUGCGCUGCAAUUGGAACGACCUUACCGGGAAAGUGACAGAGCACAAUUCGAAAAAUGCUGAUGUCUACUGCCGCUGCUCUUCUUUCAACGAAUCGUACCUUGUCACAAUCAUCUCGUCAUCAGCAGCAUACCUCUAAAGGCCUGCCCACCAUCAAUAUGUUCAAUCAAUUUACUACGCACAAGAACCUGCGUCAACGCUGCUAAACGAGCGAAACUGAAAAAAAAUCAUCAAUAGCAUCGAUAGACGUGCCUUUCUAGCUAUAGCGGCUCAGUACCGCUGGCAGUUGAGCUAGAAAGCCUCAGCUAGCGUCCAUCUCGCGGGCUAUCGGUUAUCAGCCAAUAAAAUUGCAUAAAUAAUUAGCUCCGUGAAAGGUAUAGAGCUGUCGAUGAGA